UUUUCCCUCUCCUCCCCAACUCCCCCUCUUCUCUUCUCUCACUCUGAUCCAGUCCCUCAUCGCCGCCGAUUCCUCUCCGGCCAUCUCCUCAUCGGAUCCUCCUCCAUUCAGGCCAUGUCUUCUUUCACACCCCGCCAUCGAUCCGACUGGUUCGUCCUCGCCGCCAGCUCCGAGUAGAUCUUGCGUCGCCGGAGUUUCGCUUAUUCAUUUCCUUUCCGGCGGUUCUUCCGAGAUAAGGUUUUUAGUUACAGUCUCUGUAGUUUCUUGAUUCUGUUAGUAGAGGUUUUACUGUGUGUUGUGGUGGUUUUGGAAUCUCGGUGAGAGUCUGAGAGGUUGGAGAUUCGAUUCGAAGCUUCGUCGUGGAUCUUUGAUAAAAAGAGGUUUUAGAUCUUUUGAAAAUUUUCACAAGAGUUAGAGUAGAAUUUUUGUUUGGAUUUUUAGAUAUGGAAGAUCGAAACGUGAGAAUGAAUACUGGAAUGUCCCAUGUGAUGCCGUAUAUCAAAGACUCGAAGGACCGGGACGCCGUGUCGUUGGUGUGCCGACGGUGGUACGAGCUGGACGCGCUCACGCGCGAGCAAGUGACCAUCGCGCUCUGCUACACGACGACUCCCGAGAGGCUCAGGAGGCGGUUCCGGCAGCUCAAGUCGCUGAAGCUGAAGGGGAAGCCGAGGGCGGCGAUGUUUAAUCUGAUACCGGAGGAUUGGGGAGGCUUUGUGACGCCGUGGGUAGAGGAGAUUGCCGAGUCGUUUAAGAGCUUGAAGGCUUUGCAUUUCCGGAGAAUGAUUGUGAGGGAUUCCGACUUGGAGCUAUUGGCGCGGUCACGCGGCCGUGAGCUCCAAUCGCUUAAGCUCGACAAGUGCUCCGGGUUUUCGACUGACGGCCUUGUCCACAUCGCCCGCUCCUGCAGGGAUUUGAGGACCUUGUUUUUGGAGGAGAGCUCGAUAAUUGAGAAAGAGGAUGAGUGGGGUGAAUGGCUACAUGAGCUUGCUACAAACAACACUGUACUCGAGACUUUAAACUUCUAUAUGACGGAUCUUGGCAGAAUCAGAUUUGAAGACCUCGAACUCAUAGCCAGGAAUUGCCCCUCCUUAACCACUGUGAAAAUUAGCGAUUGUGAAAUUUUAGAUCUUCUGGGUUUCUUCCGUCAUGCUUCUGCUUUAGAAGAAUUUUGUGGAGGUUCCUUCGAUGAUCGAUCAGAGAAUGAUCAAUCAGAGAAGUACUCAGUUGUAUCACUGCCACGAAAGAUAUGUCUUUUGGGUCUAACGAUGUUGGGGAAGAAUGAAAUGCCUAUUGUAUUCCCAUUAGCAGCUGCUCUCAAAAAGUUGGAUCUCCUAUAUGCAUUGCUCGACACUGAAGACCAUUGUACUUUAAUUCAAAAGUGCCCCAACUUGGAAGUUCUUGAGACAAGGAAUGUCAUUGGAGAUAGAGGAUUAGAAGUCCUUGCUCGGAGUUGCAAGAGACUGAAGAGGCUCCGAAUUGAGCGAGGUGCUGAUGAGCAAGGUAUGGAGGACGAAGAUGGUGUUGUUUCACAGAGGGGUCUGAUGGCUUUGGCACAGGGCUGCCUGGAACUGGAGUACUUGGCUGUCUACGUAUCAAAUAUCACCAAUGCAUCUCUGGAAUACAUUGGGACUCACUCUAAAAAUCUAAAUGAUUUUCGCCUUGUCCUGCUUGACCGUGAAGAGACGAUAACAGAUUUACCACUUGACAAUGGCGUUCGAGCUCUAUUGAGGGGAUGCCAAAAGCUUCGAAGGUUUGCUUUGUAUCUCCGUCCUGGGGGUUUGACUGAUUUGGGGCUUAGUUACGUGGGCCAGUAUAGUCAAAAUGUGAGAUGGAUGCUUCUAGGUUAUGUUGGUGAAUCUGAUGGAGGGCUUUUGGAGUUUUCAAAGGGUUGCCCUAGUCUGCAGAAACUAGAAAUGAGGGGCUGUUGCUUCAGUGAGCGUGCACUGGCUGUUGCAGUGAUGCAGCUGACUGCGCUAAGGUACUUGUGGGUGCAAGGGUACAGGGGAUCCCCAACGGGUCGUGAUCUUUUGGCAAUGGCUCGCCCGUAUUGGAAUAUUGAGUUGAUUCCUCCUAGACGAGUUGAUGUUCUUGAUAUGAUCGGGGAGGCAGUAGUGGUUGAGCAUCCUGCUCAUAUUCUUGCAUACUACUCUCUUGCUGGACCAAGAACAGAUUUUCCAGAUACUGUUAUCCCCUUGGAUCCAGUCUUUGAUUAACGCGUAGAGAGCUGUACAUACAAGCUUUUUUUGGAGUCACAAGUGUCCUGAAGUUGUCACAAGUUCCUCAUUAUCUUCAUCAAGUUUUCAGGAGUCACUUGGAAAAUUGACUGUCCAACCAACCCUGAACUCUGCAUCUCAAAUUCCAUACAUGGCUACUCCUCUGUUGUCUUGCUACUAUUGUUGGUGCCCUCCCGGAUCAUCGGGUUUGCAGUACUCACAAGAACCUCCUGCAAUCUCUGGCUCAUCCAUUGAAUCAGCUUUGCUCCCACCACUUUCUUCUUAUAUUACCUGCCAGUAUGCCCUCCUGUAUGUUGACAGCAAAACCUCCACUUAAUUUGGCAGAUUGUCCCUUAUUGGAUUUCCCUGCCUUUCUUCCAGACCCACUCAUCCGGUUGCCAAUGCCAACUUCUCAGCAGAUCCCAACCUUCAAUCCUUUGAUUUGUGAUCCGAUUGUUCACAUUCCAGUUAUGGAUAUUUGCUCUUCCGGUCAUGGCUACCUUGUUAGUGCUGGCCUCGCUAUUUCAACUGGCAUUCCUCCCUUGCACUCAAACCUUAUGAAUCCGUUGAUUCCUCAAACUGAUUCCAUGUUGGAGAAGGAUGCUAGAGAGACUCUGCGUUGGCUGCUCAUAAGUGGUUCAACCCAGAGUAGCUCACCGCUGAUGGAUGUAUUACCUGCCAUGCUAACAAAUGCAGAUGAGAAUAGAAAUAUGCUUGUUGCUGGGAGCCGUGGUCUAUACACUGGAACCAGCGACGUUGAUGUAAUUGCAAAUAGCAUUGCAGCCAUGAGUAUGGUUUCACUGCCUGGGAUAUCUACCGGUGGAACUGUUUUGGAGAAUUGUGGCAGCAACAAUGGUUUUGAUAUACAGGAUGAGGGAUCUAGUGGAUUGGGUGGAUCCUGUUUGGAAGAUCAGGGUACCUUCUGUUCGAAUUAUGGGAUGAAAAGGACUGAUGAAUAAUGUUGUAAUGGAACGGGGUCUUUUUGUCGUUUCUUUUGUAGGCCUCUUUCUUAGUUCUACCGAUGUAGAUGUAGUUGUUGGCUGUAGUUUUGCCUUUUCCGAUUGUAAUUAGGGGUAAUCCCCACCUCUAUGGUUGUGUUCCAUGUUGUGCCUCUAUUGUUCUUUUUCAUGAUUACAUAUGAAUGAAAUGCCUGUUUUGAAUCA